AUGCGGGCGCUGCCCAAGAACGACGACCACUACGUCAUGCAGGAGCACCGCAAGGUGCCCUUCGCCUGGUGUGCCCCGGAGAGCCUGAAGACGCGCACCUUCUCGCACGCCAGCGACACCUGGAUGUUCGGGGUCACCCUCUGGGAGAUGUUCACUUACGGCCAGGAGCCGUGGGUCGGCCUCAGCGGCAGCCAGGUACCAAGCAUGCCCCAGGGCCUGGUGUCUCUGGGAAGGGGAGAUGCCCCCUGCCCCCCAGGUGUGGGGACUGCUGCCUCGGGCCCAGCCGGCGUGGUGCUGUGACCCUCCGGAGGAAGGGUCCUUCCGGGCCUGGUGAUGGUUUUCUGCCCCCCUGAGGGAGCCCUGGGAAAACAUCCGGCUUGUGCCUGUGGACGCCUGACAGAGUGGGUGCUGGGAGCAUCUGUCGGUGCCUCCUGGUAGCCCGGCCCUGGCUCCCCACUCCUGGCUCUGCUGGGCCCUCAGCCCCGACCCACAGCCCCGACCUC